AUGAUAUUCUUUGCAGAAAUCUUGUUUUCCAAGAUUCCUUCUCCUCAUUCAAUACUUCAUCUCAUAGGAUUGAUUCUUGUAGAAUCUUUAGAGAGGAGGAAAUUUCUGUGUACCCUUAUGAUGCCUGUGAUGAGCCAAUAUGUUUCUGAUUUAGACAAAGGCAAAGGAAUGUAUUUCUUGUUUAUUAAAUCUGAGGCUAAGACACCAGGUGGACUUGUAGCAAGUACAGUUUCAACAAGCUACAGCAAAAAGAGUGCAUCAUUAAAGAACAAGCCUUCUGAUCCUUACGCAAAUCACACAAGUCCAAUUCAGACCAUUCUCUGCCCGGAGACAUUCCAAAGCAUGUACUACCAACUGCUUUGUGGCUUGUGUCUAAACAAAGAUGUCAUACGUGUUGGUGCUGUUUGCGCCUCGGGUUUCAUUCGUGCUAUCCAGUUUCUUGAAAUGCGCUGGCAACUUUUGUGCAAUGAUAUCCGAACAGGUACUCUAAACCCACAAAUUAUAGAUUCUUCUGUGAGGGAUGCUGUGAUGAGAAUCCUAAAACCUGACCCGCAACUUGCUGAAUUUAUCGAAUCGCAAUGUGGGAAGAAAGAGUCUUCUAGGCAAGGAAUCAUUACUAGGUUAUGGCCGAAUACCAAGUAUAUUGAUGUCAUUGUGACUGGGACAAUGUCACAAUAUAUUCCAACUCUGGAUUACUAUAGCAAUGGCUUACCUCUUGUUUGCUCAAUCUAUGCUUCUUCUGAGUGUUUCUUUGGCAUUAAUUUAAACCCUCUUUCCAAACCAAGUGAGGUUUCUUACACUCUCAUUCCUACCCUUGGCUACUUAGAGUUCAUCCCUGUGGACAGGAACACUGAUGUCAAAAACAGUAUUACUAACGCGCCCGAAUCUCUUGAUGAUAAGGAGCAACAUGAAUUGGUUGAUCUGGUUGAUGUCAAAUUGGGACAAGAUUAUGAGCUUGUUGUCACAACUUAUGCUGGUCUAUACCCCCCAAAACAACAAUUCCCAAUGUGGAAGUUGGGAAAAAAAAAUGCAGAAAACCUAUCUAAUCAACAAAAUUCUGUAGUGUCUAACCUUCGUGGAUAUGCUGAAGUUCUUCCUGGUAUUCUCCUUCUGUGUACUCUAGAUGCUCGAAUUGAGCUCGCCUGUCAGCUGAAAAUUUUUUUUAAAAAACCAUCAAUUAAGAUCAACAUAAAAAUCCAUAUUUUGCCUUCAAAGAAAGUAAACUAUUGGAACAGGAGUCUGAAGAAGUACCAAUCCAGGAUUGACUUGAAUUUUGUCAAAGCACUCAGCAACUCGCAGUGCAACGACAGGAGCAAAAUGGAUAUCAUCCACAAGAGGGAAAAUGUAGCUGCAAAAUGUAGUGAUCAGCAUUAG